AUGGGCCGAGACGGGAGCAUCGUGCCAGCUGAUCCGCAAGGGAUAGUGAAGAAGAGGGCGGCAGGUUCGCGUUGCUGGAUCCUGAUGGACGCAACGGGGCAGAGCUCCGUGUUGGACGCCGACAACAUCAUUUAUGUGGUUAUUAUUUCACUGAUAUUGUUUCCUUGUUUUUAUCUUUUUGCUGGGCAGCAUAUUAAGGCGAUUAUUACUGCCAAAGAGGUGUUGCUCCGAGAUCCAAUGGAUGAUAAUGUUGUGCCUGUUGUUGAGGAACUACGGAGGCGAUUGCCUCCUGCGAACUCUAAUCUUGAAGGUCAAAGUGAUGGAAAGGAGAUAGCUGGGCAACAGGAUAUUGAUACUGGUGAAGAAGAUGCUCUGGAGGUGGCUUUGGAAGCCAUUUGUAGUUAUCUUGCUGCACAAACAACAGAACUGGAGACUGCUGCUUAUCCUGCUUUGGAUGAACUCACUUCCAAGAUUAGUAGUCGUAACCUAGAUCGGGUUCGUAAAUUGAAGAGUUCAAUGACACGGUUGACAGCUCGGGUUCAAAAGGUGAGAGAUGAGCUUGAACAAUUACUGGAUGAUGAUGAUGAUAUGGCUGAUCUUUACUUAUCCAGAAAAUUGGCUGGUGCAUCUCCUGUAAGUGGCUCAGGGGCCACCAAUUGGUCUCCUGCAUCUCCUACUAUAGGAUCCAAGAUAUCUAGAGCAAGUAGGAUGAGUACAGCUACAUUUCAUGAUGAAAACAAUGUUGAGGAGCUGGAAAUGUUGCUUGAGGCUUACUUCAUGCAAAUUGACGGAACGUUGAACAAAUUGACUACACUGCGAGAAUAUAUUGAUGAUACAGAGGAUUAUAUUAAUAUUCAGCUGGACAAUCACCGAAACCAGUUGAUUCAGCUAGAGCUUUUCUUAAGUUCAGGAACUGUUUGCUUGUCCAUCUAUUCUUUGAUAGGCGCUAUAUUUGGCAUGAAUAUUCCGUAUACAUGGAAUGAUAAUCAUGGAUACGUGUUUAAAUGGGUAUGGCUGGAAUUAUCAGCUGUUAAAUGUGGUCAUCUUUGCAGGACUGUUAUCAGCUGCCAUAUUUGCAAUUAUAAUUUUCUAUUCUCGCUACAAGGGUCUUGUUGGAUCUUAAAGUUACAAGGAGAAGGUUCUUAG